AUGGCCCAGAAGAUCUUCACCCCCAUCGUCCUCUUCAACGACCUCGCCCCUUCUUCUUCUUCUUCUACCUCUUCUUCCAUCAGACACAAUGCCUCAUCAGAUAUACCCGCCGCCCAUGUCCUCCCCUCUACUCCACACCUGAGGAUCAAUUCCAAUUCCUCUUCCUCUUCAAGCACAGAGACAAGGACAGAGCUCCAAAGGCAUACCAAAACUGGAGAACAGGACCCACAAGAACAGGACAGGGUCGCUGACGGACACUACAAAGACUAUGGACACCUGGGCCCAUCCUUACAGGACACGCAUAUGGAUGUGGAUGAGGUCUACAUGGACGAGAGCGAUCCUGGUUAUGUCCGUUUGCAGGCCAGCACCACGACUAUUAUCGAGGACAAGGACGACGACGACGAGAGCCGAACUAAAAAUCCCACUAACAGCAGUAGUUAUGAAAGCCAUCAAGAACGUGGUCUACAAGAGCUAGAGGACAUGUCCAGGAGCAGGUCUCGGAUAGGGGUUCAUGCCGAGAGUGUUUUAAAGCAUACCGAGGACCACAACAACCAUGACAAUAGCAACAACAAUAACAGCAAUAGCAACAACAACAACAACAAC